GUCGAUUUCAAGGGUGUGAUCGAUUACAUCUUUUCGACACCACAGUCGCUGGCUCGCCUGGGAGUACUGGGCCCUCUGAGCAUGGAAUGGGUGAAAUCGAAUAAAAUAAUUGGUUUCCCUCAUCCUCAUAUACCAUCGGAUCACGUUCCGAUCAUGGCACAAUUUGCGAUUAUUCCGACCGGGCAUCAGCGAAGCCAGCCAGCCAUCCAUCACUAUGGGAACAACCAUUCCAACUCAUUUGGUGCCGUUGGUCGAUGA